UAUAAGCCGGAGUGAGAGGCAGAGGGGUCCACUGCAGUGAGCCGAUUCAUCCCGAGCAACUUUCACUCUAACCUUAGUGACAACCCCCCCGAAGUUAAACAUGUCUUUGGCAGCCAGUCUCAAUGCAGCUGACAUCACUGCAGCCCUCGCUGCUUGCGCAGCUGAAGGCUCUUUCGACCACAAGGCCUUCUUUGCAAAGGUCGGCCUGUCCGCCAAGUCUGCCGACGACAUCAAGAAAGCCUUCGCGGUCAUUGACCAGGACAAGAGCGACUUCAUUGAGGAGGAAGAGCUGAAGCUGUUCCUGCAGAACUUCUCCGCGGGCGCCAGAGCUCUGAGCGACGCUGAGACCAAGAAGUUCCUCGCAGCCGGUGACUCUGAUGGUGAUGGCAAGAUCGGAGUUGAUGAGUUCGCAGCAAUGGUCAAGCAGUGAAUAACCUGAACAACAUCUUACUUCAUUACUCUAAAGGAACAACUUGAGCCAAGACAUGAUCCUCCUCUAUUCAACUCUUCCCUCUCACUCUCUCUCUCAACUCUCCAUACCACUUUUAUACACACGACCUUUCACCCCCGCCCUCCCCACAUCUAACUCUCUCUGACUGUUGCUGUCCUGGAUGAAUGUACCGGACGAGAUGUAUAGCGAGGUUCUCUCUCUUUCUGUCUCUCUUUCUCUCUCUCUCUCUCUCUCGCUCUCUCUCUCUCACUUCUGUCGUCGUUUUACUAUGUUAGUUUUGCCUACUGUGAGUCGGUGAUGAUGCACUUUUAUGGGAAACGGACGGACGAUGAGACAACAAUAAAGGUUCUUUUUCAAUAA